AUGGCCCCCCCAGCCGAGAUCUCCAUCCCCACAACCUCCAUAUCCACCCCCUCCUCUUCUUCCGAGUCCGGUGGCUCCUCAAAACCCUUCACCCUCUACAACAUCACCCUCCGCCUGCCCCUCCGCUCCUUCGUCGUCCAAAAGCGCUACUCCGACUUCCUCGCCCUGCACCAAGCCCUCACCUCCCUCGUCGGUUCCCCGCCUCCCGAACCCUUGCCCGCCAAAAACUGGUUCAAAUCCACCGUCAACUCCCCCGAGCUGACGGAAAAGCGCCGCGUCGGUCUAGAGCGCUACCUCCGCGCCAUCGCCGAGCCGCCCGAUCGUCGGUGGCGCGAUACCCCCGUCUGGCGCGCGUUUUUGAACCUCCCCGGGGGUGCCGGUGGCAAUGCUGCCGCUAGCACGACCGGCAGCGGCAGCGGAAUUGAGGGAAAGAUCCCCGCUAUAGGACUUAAAGACGCUAACCUCGCUGCUGCCAGCGAUCCGGGCACGUGGCUGGAUCUGCACCGCGAGCUGAAGGGCGCACUGCACGAGGCGCGCGUGGCGCUGGGGCGGAGGGAUGGGGCGACGGAGAAUAUGACCAAGCUCGAGGCGGGCGCAGCGGCGAAGAGGGCGCUGGUUAGGGCGGGCAGUUUGUUGGGCGCGUUGCAGGAGGGGUUGGGGGUGUUGAAGAGCUCUGGGAGGGUGGGCGAGGGGGAGUUGAGGAGGCGAAGGGAUUUACUGGCGGCGGCGAGGGUGGAGAGGGAUGGGUUGGACAAACUCAGUUCGAGUCUGGCGCAUGCGAGCAGGGAGGCGGCGAGGCAGGCUUCGAUUAGUGGGCCGUCGGGGAGUGGGAGUAGUAGUGGGGAGGCCGGGGAGAGAGCCAAGUUGUUUGCUGGGUCUUCUGGUGCUGGCGGCGGGUCGGUGAGAGGAGGGAGGGUGUUGGGUGCGCCGCUGCCGGAGACGGAAAGGACGAGGGAGUUGGAUAAUGAGGGGGUGCUGCAGCUGCAGAGGGAUACGAUGCGCGAUCAGGAUAUGGAGGUGGAGGCGCUGGCGAGGAUUGUGCGGAGGCAGAAGGAGAUGGGGCUGGCUAUUAACGACGAGGUUGAGCGGCAGACGAACAUGCUGGAUACCCUUAACACUAAUGUCGAUGUGGUGGAUAAGAAGUUGAGGGUCGCCAAGGGACGGGAGCAUGAGCAGGGUGGUGAUGAUGACAGCUUCAACAGGAUGAUCUUUGUCAUGUCAAGCGAGGAAAGUUCCGUGGCCGAGGCUGUCGUUCUUCCCACAGUGGUACAAGGAGAGCAACAGGAUGAGGUUCUUCACAAGGUCCGACACGGGCGCUUACAACUACGACGAGACCUAUGGCUGUAUGAAUCAUUACCAGAUGCCAACGACGGAGACGACCGCAGCAGCAUCAAGAACGAAAAGAGUAGGAUGACAAAAUCACCACAACAACAAGAGGACAAAGGAGAAAGGGAAAGAAAGGAAGAAGGAGCAGUGAAGGGUAGGCCCUCGGGAGGCGGCGGCGAAGAAGGUAACAUGUUCGACGCCGUCCUUUUGCUUUGUGUCAAGGGCGUUCUCGCCGGCGUCCAGGGGUUCUGGUUGUUGCAGUGGGUGUUGGGAGGGUUGUCGGAUGUGCUCACUCGCGUGGUGGAGUUUGGCCUACUUCUUUUGGGACAACCUACGGAGUCAUUUGGUUGAUUCAUCACUCUUUCCCUUUUGACAAACUCUCUUGCUACGGAGAUGCUUUUCUUUUUGUUUGAGGAGUAUUGGGUUGUUGUUUGAGUGUCCUGUUUACCUUACCGUUUGGCUUAUAUGUCUGUCAUUCAUUACAGUUUACAGCGUAGUGGAUAUAUCACUUGGAGACCGGUAGAAAUGCUGUUCUCAUCAUAUAGCGUAGAACAGAUGUUGAUCAAAUUGUUCCUUGCCUGUCCUGUCUGAAGACGAUGUCACGAAGC